AUGAAACUUAAUUUGUACAAAAAAAACAUUUUAUUUAGAAUUUAUUCUGAAAUUUGGACAUCUUUGGCCGAGUCUUAUUUGACCUACCGUUAUAUUUGUCACACAUUGAAUACAACAUCUGGUCAAUGUGGUUAUAAGCUGAAAUCAUGGGUUAGGUUCCAUUCCCAACAGAGCGUUAUCAAGGUCAUUCAGGUCUUAGUCAUUUGUGAUGGGAAGUCAAACACAACAUCUGUCAUGAGCUGCAAACACUUCAUGUUGGAUGUAGGAAGUCAGGAGAAAAGAAAAUUUGGAGUUCACAUGACACAAACUAAUGAAGGGAGAACUAGAAAAUGGAAAGAAAAGCAGAUUAGUAAAAAAGAUACAAAGAAUUUAAAGCAAAAGUGCAAAAAAAUUAAAAAACAGAAAGAGCAUGGUCGGUAUGACAAUAAUUUUCAGCGCUGUUCAUCAGUCAAGAAACAGGAAGGGCAUCUUUUUUUACAUGCGUGGAUGGGGCAUGCCAUACCGGCUGACCCGAUCAACCUCUCACAGAAAAAACCUUUUUGUCUGUCUAUCACACAGUUGAGUCCAACACUGAAUUGGGAGAAUCAAAUCUGA